AUGAAAAAGGCUACGGAGGGAGUCGAAGACGAAGCUAAAAAGGCAGAACAGGCAAUCAAGUCUAGAGAUGACACGGCGUUUCAGUGUCUCUACAAGGCCGUGGAGAAACUGGCGAACACGUAUGAAGACUCAAUGAAGGAAAUCUUCAAGGCUGCACCUUCUGACGGGCUCAAGUUGGUCAUUGCUCUGGAUGAAGGUUCCAUUUAUCCAACCAUUGUCCGAUCCAUUAUAGGUGAAAGAACAUCAGCUGCCGACCAGCUGCGCGUACUUUUCGCUGAUCGUUUCGGGGUCUCUCCUACGACGAUUCGAUUCUUUUCUCGAUUGCUGGAACUGGUGUUGCCAGCGCUACCGUUGGAUCCCAAGCACAAAAUUAUCUUCACGUGCAACCCUCAACUGUUGAAGAUUUUUUCCUCUAUCCACGCGUGA